AUGACAUCAAGACUUGUGCUACCCGAUGUGUUACCUAUUACUUCUAAAAGACACGAUAUUUUACAUCAAAUCACACUUCCAGACCUUUCACGGGAAAUAUCUGCUGCUAAAUCAUCGAUUCAGGAUUCUGUAAUUGGGUUGCUGUCGUCCUAUCCAAAGUACCCAACAGAUAGAGUCGAUGAAAUAAAUGAACUGGAAUCAGCAUACAAAGAUCUUUUGAGAAUGGAGUCUCGGCAGAAGUUUCUAAAUAGUAAGCUCACAGAAAUGAAGUCUAAAUAUACACAACAAUCCUCCGAUGCUCCAAGGUUGAACAGAGAAAAUUGGGACAGUUUUCUCAAUAACGAGUACAAUUUGAUUAACGUACGAAAGGAGUGGAUUAAACUACAGUCAGAAGAAGUGGAAAUAGAUAAGAAAGAUCAAUGGCUCCGGGUGUUUUGUGCGCUACCAUACAUUUGGUCAGAUCCAACAAGAAUUAUACCGAACGAUCCAUUCGAAACUGAUGCAGCACAAGAAGAAGAAGGGGAAGACAUAAAGGUAGAAGGUGGUGUUGUUGAAUUAACUUGUCCCGUCAGCGUUAAAAAGUUUCAGUCACCAAUGAUCUCAGUCAAAUGUCAUCAUACCAUUGACAACGAAUCGUUGCAGUCAUUGUUCCAACAAGGUAAAUCCAUACAAUGCCCUGUUUCAGGCUGUAAUAAGACUCUAACAUCAAGAGAUUUUGUACCAGAUAGACUUAUGCAUAUUAGAGUCCUUAUCAGUGAGUUGCGGGAGUAG